AUGUCGAGCUGGGCCGUCGAUUCAGUGUGUAGACUAACAGAGGAAAAAACAGGACGGGGACAGGGCAUGCAUAAGCCCAAUGAUAUUUGGGCCGUGUUGGUGUCGUCAUGUGGCAGGAGCGGUUGUUGGGUUUGGAAGCGGAAGGAAAUUGAAGGGGAUGUGAUUGUGAUCACCCGUAACGUCCGGGUGAAGCAGGGCAAACCUCGGAGAAGUAUCUGUACCCCCAGGAAGAGCGUGGAAUGGGUCCAAGAUGGAGGUCGUGUUGCUGGGGCCAAUUCGUUCAACUCUGAACGUCUUGAACGUAUCAACCGUACCACUCCAAAGCAAGGUGCCUACAAACUUCCAGGCCUGAUGCAGUCGUCGACUCCGAAUCCGCAGUGCUAA